AAUCUUCUAUACUAGUUAACCAACUUACGUGGCUAGGUCGAGUGUUUUGAAUGAGUAAACAACGGUAAAAUAGAUAACGUUAAAUUAUACUUAAUCCUAACAAUAUGCAGGAGCCAUGAUUACUUUUCUUAACUUGUAGCUAGAUAGCAUUAGCCAAUUCUUUAGCCACCUUUUGUUUUGGCGUAUUUCCACUAAGGACUUACCCGAAUUAAUUACAUUUUUCCAUCUACGAGGGCCGGCACACGUUUCAUUGGGCCACGGCUUCGGCAGACCUACUAUUCUUAUUUGGUGCCUGGCCACUGGUACUUUUCAGCUGGCAUUAACAGCUGAGAACAUGGAAUAACAGUCCACGAACUGAUCAAGUGCUGAACCAGAGAUGAAGCUGUUCUCAGUGUCCCACAAGACGGCAUUUGUGGUCGACCACUGCCCUUACAUGGCCGAGUCCAGCAGGCAGCAGGUGGAGUGUGACGUGUUGACCAAGAGCCGUGGCCAGGGCGUGAUCCCCCUGGCCCCGGUCUCCAAAUCCCUGUGGACCUGCGCUGUGGAGUGCUCCAUGGAGUACUGCCGAAUCCUCUAUGACGUCUACCCCACUAAGAAACUGGUCAACUACAUUGUUAGUGAUUCAGAGUUCCACAUUCUGAACAGCUGGAGGCAAGAGGACCAAAGCACUCAUGAGCUUAUGUCUGCUCUGGCAGCUGUGGGGCCACCUAACCCACGGGAAGACCCAGAGUGUUGCAGCGUCUUGCACGGCCUGGUGGCAGCGGUAGAGUCGCUGUGUAAGAUCACGGAGUACCAGCACGAGGCGCGCACCACCCUCAUGGACACGGCCGACAGGGUGGCCAACAGGGGGCGCAUUAUCUGCCUCACAAACGCAAAGAGUGACACCCAUGUGAGAAUGCUAGAGGACUGUGUGCAAGAGACCAUACUAGAACAAAACAAGAUGGCAGCCAGCUCGGACAGACUGAUGCCCAUCCAGCAGUGUGAGCUGGUACUUGUCCACAUCUUCCCUCAGGGGGAGGACACCCUAGUCUCAGACCGGCCGAAGAAAGAGGUUUCCUCUCUGCUGACCAGCGAGGUCCACAGUGUCAGGGCCGGGAGGCACCUGGCCACCAAGCUCAACAUUUUGGUGCAGCAGCACUUUGACCUGGCCUCCACCACCAUCACCAACAUUCCUAUGAAGGAAGAGCAGCACGCCAACACAUCAGCGAACUACGACGUGGAGCUCCUGCAUCACAGAGAUGCCCACCUUGAGUUCUUCAAAAGUGGUGACCUGCACAUGGCUGGUAGUACAAGUAGAGACAGUGGACUUAAGGAGACAGUGACUCUUAAGUGGUGCACUCCGCGCACCAACAGUGUCGAACUGCAUUACUGCACCGGAGCCUAUCGGAUCUCACCUACAGAUGUCAACAGCAGACCCUCAUCCUGUUUGACCAACUUUCUGCUGAACGGUCGCUCAGUGCUGCUGGAGCAGCCCAGGAAAUCGGGGUCAAAGGUCAUCAGCCACAUGCUGAGCAGCCACGGCGGUGAGAUCUUCCUGCACGUGCUCAAUAGUACACGUUCAACCCUGGAGGACCCGCCCUCCAUCAGUGAGGGCUGCGGAGGUCGGGUGACUGACUAUCGCAUCACUGACUUUGGUGAAUUCAUGAGGGAGAACCGUCUGACUCCUGUCCCCGAGACCUUGGAUGCUGACGCUUCUGAAAAAAUACCAUCGGAGAGGGCAAAAGCCCAGCUGGAACGUCACACUCGCUACUGGCCAAUGAUAAUCUCCCAGACCACCAUCUUCAACAUGCAGGCGGUGGUUCCCCUGGCUAACCUCAUCGUGAAGGAGAGCUUGAGUGAGGAGGACGUGCUGACCUGCCAGAAAACGGUUUACAACCUGGUGGAUAUGGAGAGGAAGAAUGACCCUCUACCCAUCUCCACCGUCGGAUCCAGGGGCAAAGGCCCCAAAAGGGACGAGCAGUAUCGCAUCAUGUGGAACGAGCUGGAGACUCUGGUGAAGACCCAUGUGGGGGGCAGCGAUAAACACCAGAGGGUUCUGGACUGCAUCAGCGCCUGUCGCAGCAAACCUCCCGAGGAGGAGGAGAGGAAGAAACGGGGGAGGAAAAGGGAAGACAAGGAGGACAAGUCGGAGAAGAACUGCAACAAGGACACAGAGGAUAAGAGCUGGCAGGAGUCGGAAAGGCUGAAGGGCGCUCUAGACCGUGAAAAGGAGGAGCAGGUGGAGUCUGAGGUCAUAAAGGAUUCUCCUGAUUCCCCAGAGCCUCUCAACAAGAAGCCCCGUUUGGAGGAGAUCCAACUACCUGAAAAAGCCAAAGGUCCGGUGUCCCUACUUACAAUGUGGACUAACAGAAUCACCGUGGCCAACUCCAGGAAGCACCAGGAGUUUGCUGGAAGGAUCAGCUCUGUGAACAAUAAGGCAGAGUUAUAUCAGCAUCUUAAAGAUGAGAACGGAAUGGACCUUCAUGAGAACGGGAAAGCCGCCAGAUGAUGUGACCAGUCCCUAUGCAGGAUAGUCCACUAACACCUUACUCUAGCAGGAGUGCGGGCGAGGACCAGAGGUCAUGUCAAUCUGCGGCAUAUGGACAGUCCUCCCCUAUUCUGUCAGAUGGACAGCGGAGUUAAACAUUGGAUUUUCUAAGAAAUAUUUUUGCUUGUUUUUUUUUUUUACCCACGUUUGUAUAGAUAAGCUCACAAAUUGUGUGAAGCAAUGAAGUUGUCAACAGGCAGUAUUUUUUUCUGUGCCACUGUAUCUUUCUCUAAAAUGUGUUUUUCUAAUGGAGCCAGUGGAACAUUAAUGGUUUAAUGCCCCGAUAUUAAACAGUGCUUUUUUUGCCAGUGAGUUAGAUAUUUGUCUGUAAUAUCAUAUCUAUGAUGGAAUAAAAUGAAGCAAUACGA